GCUACAUUUAAAUGAGAAGAAAAAGCAAAUUACUAAUCAAUAAAAACGAAGGGGAAAUGAGUUCUUGUUCCUGCUUCUUAUCCAGAUAUCUUACCACCAAUUAUCCAAUCCAUCACAUAAAAUUUCCUACAACGCUGAUAUCUUUGAGCCCAAAUUCUCGUUUUGUAACUUGCUCUCUUUCCAAGAAAAUCUCUCUGUCAGUUGCUGAAGUUGAAGAAGAUGAUGUUUUGCAUGAUUUCAUUAAAGAUAGAGCGAUGAAUGGAGAUUUUAUUACCCAAGUUACUGAUAGUCUCUGGCUGAGGGAUGCAAAAGAUAUUCUUAAUGCUGAAACUGGGCUGCAGCCUGACUCGUCUCAAAUAUCUAAGGAGUCCAUAGAUGAGGAAAGUGAGGGUGGGUUCUUAAAACUGAAAAGAACCACUGAGUGGCUUCUCGGUGACAACACUGCACCAGUCAAUAAGAAAGUGAUGAUUGAGAAAUUCCAGAAUGACAAAGAAAGAAGAAAGAGACUGAACCUUCUCAAAUACGAAGCUCUUAAGAAGGAAUUGCUUCUAUUGACAGUAGGAAUUGGAACCGCAUGUAGUGGAUACUGUUUGAUAGCUUUAUCAUUCCAGGCUGCUGUGAGUUAUGCUACUGGAGUUCUUUUCAGUUGCUUGUAUCUUCAACUUCUAUGUCAACGUGCAGACAAAAUUUCCCAAGAUGAAGUUCCUCAAAUUUUCCGGCAAAAGAAGACAAAGAAAAUUGGAAUAAGAAGCCAAGACCUGGAAGAUUCCUUCGAAAAGUUUAUCAAGGGCAGUAGCAUUGCUCUUUCAUCACCACGGCUUGUUAUCCCUGCUGUAAUAUAUGGAUUAUGGGGUCUUUCUCAGCAUUUCACAAAAGAUAUAUUUGAUUUCCAGCUUGUGCCAGCAAUGGUUGGAAUAUUUGCUUAUAAAGCUGCAGCUCUAGUUCAAGUUUAUAGGGACAAUGAAGAUCUGCAAUUAAUUUUUCCAGAGGAUAACGAAUAGUAUACCGACACAAACUACGAAAGUAAUUCAAGAACUCUUUCCAAAAUCAGUUGAAGAUGCAGACAUAUGACUACUAUACCAAUUUUUGUGGACCUGAUGGUAUUUAAAGGCAUCAACUUAUCUGUUGUGUAAUUAUCUGUUGCAUGUGCUCUGUGGACAAGGGAAUCUAGGCAAAACAUCUCCGAUCUACACAUCCUUGUGCUUACUGUUUUCAAUCGAAAUAGAUUCUUUGAAGCGAGUUUCUAUAAUUGUUUUAAUUUAAUCUAUACUUUGUUGAUUUAUAUUCGGAUUCAUCUCCUUCCCAAUUCAAGUAUACUUGUAUACAUAUAUGUGGGUGUUUUUGAUAUUUUAAUAUUUGUAUUUUGAUGUAUAUAUUCAUAUAUCAUUUUGUGUAGUUAAUUUUAUAUGAGCUUUUAGAUAUUAA